AUGGCUCCACCUGACUGGUUACUGGAGAAAAGACCGACACCUGAGGAACGAAAACAGCGUGCUAGAGAGAGAAUGGCCGCGAUCUUGGAAAAACAGGCCGAAGAAGCAAAGGCUUCGACUCGACACGUUGCUCCCGCCGUGCAGUCACCCUCUACACCUGUGCUCGGUGUGAGCCUACAACGCCUUCAGCAGAACGAGCAAAGGUCCCCUGAUCCCGCUAAUGAUGCGCGCCGUGGAAGCGCAUCAAGGUCGACAGAUAGCAGUGACACUAGCGACGCCCAUGAACCCCCAAAGCAAGUGCAGCCCAUAUGGUACACUUCAAUGCGCCAGCAAAAGUGGCAACAAACCGGGAGCAGCCGCAACAAUGUCGGUACCAAUCGAAACGUUGAUGCCAAGCUUGAGCAGGUCAAACAUCUCAUCAAGAAAUGCAAAGAAGAAGAGCAUGGGGCCGAAGCACAUCGUUUAUUCGACCAGAUUCGGGACGAACUCCAUGACCUGGUAUUUCUUCAAGUUUCAGACGUUGCGCUUAGACGUAAACGGAUGCUUCAUGACGACUCUGGCCUCCCGCAACUCUUCGACAUGGCCUUCCCUUGGGAUAUCCGAGCCGAUGCGUUGGAGCUCUAUAACAGAUGGGCUCUCCGUGUUUUCUCCAUCGACCUGCUUCGAGGAAUCAUCAAGCGGCAGGCUACAGCAGGUAACCGAUCUACCGAUCGGAUAGACCCCGCAUAUCCUGGCAAAGAGAGGGCCGACUACUACGGUGAGGGAAGUCUUGUGAACGGACAGUGGUGGCCUACGCAGCUAUGCACUGUCCGAGACGGUGCUCACGGAUCCACUCAAGGCGGCAUCUACGCUACUAAAGGAAAGCCAGCAUAUUCGAUUGUCCUGUCGGGAAGUCACUACCAGGACCGAGAUGAAGGCGAACAGAUUUGGUAUUCCGGCACUGAUGGAAAGGACGGCAAAGCGUCUGACAACACGCAAAGCUUGAUGCUAAACAUCACCAGUGGUAGAGAGGUUAGAGUCAUCAGGUCUCACAAUCUCUCUGCCCGGGCAGCAACGUACCGGCCUCCACGCGGAUUUCGUUACGAUGGCUGCUACGAAGUCCUCAGUUACCAAGUUGUCGACGGUGCCAAGAUGGCGUGCUUAUUUCAUCUAAGAAGAAAAACUAAUCAAGAUCCGAUCAGGUUCCACGGAAAGGAAAUGCGUCCGACGGAUGCAGAGGUCCGAGAAUAUGACAAGUUCAGGGCUGAAAUUGAGGCCUCGGAGCGGAUCUGA